AUGACCAUCACCUCAACAAACGUUCUGGUCUCUUCUCGUUUCUCUUUUCCCUUUUUGAUUUCCUUCUCGGUCCUUGUAUUCACCGUGACUGUCCGUUUGCGUCUACUUUACCGUUUCUCAUCUCUUUCCUUGUUUAAUCUCAAUGCUUUGGUUCAAAGACUGGGUGGCAGGCAUACAGGUGAAUUUGGCACUAUUGUAUUAUUUACAUACGUACAUAUAGCGUGCAUCGAAUUCAAUACGAACUUCACUUGCAUGGAUUUUCUCGACAUACUAGUAGUUGGCAUCUUCUCAUUCGGAAUCAGGAAACGAGAAGGCGUUACGUCCCAUGUGGAAGAACAACGGCCCAACCCUAAAAUGUAUUGA